AGCACAGAAUAGUAUAAUUAUUAAUUAUUCUGUGGAAGGGGUUACUUUACCAGUUUAGUUAAUAUUAUUGUGAAGAAAGUUGAUUUUAAACGAAAUUAAAAUGGCAGGUGAAGUAGUUGUUGAUGCCCUACCGUACAUCGAUCAGGGAUACGAUGAACCAGGAGUCAGAGAAGCAGCACUGGCGAUGGUGGAGGAGGAAUGCCGAAGAUACCGACCCACGAAAAACUACCUUGAGCACCUGCCUCCUCUCAACGUGUCUGCGUUCGAGACCCCCCUGAUGAAAAACGAGUUCGAACGCCUCCAAAACCGUCUGCCUAUGGAAACCCUGUCUAUGAAGAGAUACGAACUGCCUCCCCCUCCCAGCGGCAAGCUGAACGAAGUGGGUGCUUGGACAGAGUGCGUGGACAACUCCAAGGCGCAGCUGGAGCACCAGGCCGUGAGGAUCCUCAACCUGCAGCUGAUGUUGGAGUACUGUUGUCCCACCUGGCAGCACUACCUGCAGAGUCUGACGGAUAUGGAGAAGAUCGCUGCGAAAAAACUAGCCAGUCUGAGACAGCAGAUUCAGGAAGUCAACUGGCAGAGAAAGUCGCUGCAGACGAAAGGAGGGGAAGAGCUCAAGGCGCUCGAGACGAAGUGGGUGGCUUUGGUUUCGCACAAUUACGAAAUCGAGCAGGCGUGUUCCAUGGCAGAGGAUUAUCUGGCGCAGGUGCAGGACCCACAAGCGACUUCGAGGAGCAACGUUUCUUAAUGUUAGUGGCGGUGAAGGAGCUAUUUUGAGAUGGUCAGCCAUUCAAUGAAUGUUUUUGACUUUGUAUAUAAAUAUCUACACAUAAAGGUUACGUUUGAUAAGACUUUUCCCAAAAGCCAAAAGGAGGAGUUUUUGCUGGGAGACCUCUCCACAAUUGAGUUUCUUCAUAAGUCCAAUUCCUGUGGCUGGAAUCAAAGUACUUUGAUAUAGUUUUGAAGUAGUACGAGUAAUCACAUAUAUGUACGUAAUUUGUUCAGAUUCAAUCAAUCAAACAUUUAUUGAAUCAGUUUUUCUUCACAAUCACAUUAGACAAAAAAAAAACAUAACAUCAUCAUGAAAUACUGGCUGAUUCAACAGGUCAAACAAAUAUAGAAAAGAUAAAAAAGUUAAUAUAAAACAUACAUAAUAAUAAUACCUAUAUUUAUUGAUCCUUUAGGUGUACAAACAGCAAUAGAGAUAGGAUAAGUCAAGGAGUUACAAAAUAGUUAAAAUUGGGGAAAAAAACAUCGGUAUUACAAAAUAUUACACAUGUAUAUAUACAUAUACAUACACACACACAUAUAUAAACAUAUUGUCAAAUCAAGGAUUAGGGAUACAUGUUGAAUGAGUCAUUGCCGUGAGGGCAGCCAUAAAAUCAUUAUGUAGAAUAGCAAGCAUGCUUUGUCAAGAAGUCCUUCAAAAAAUAUUUGAACUUUUGGGGGUUCAUGUCUCACGAAUCUUGGUAGUUUGUUAUAGAUGUUUACGUCAAGAGAGUUUUUACUGGAUUUUUGCAGUCUUUUUCUGCUUGGUCUAAUUCAAUGCAGAUCCAAUUCAAUGCAGAGCCACGUAUAUGAUAAAACUGCAAUUUGUGUAACAGUAUGUCACGAGCUUUGCUCAAAUAAAAAAAAUAAUCCUAAA